AGAGGAGGGGAUGACAGGGAGACUCCACGAGAGAGCUGGAUAAUAAAGGAAAAAGAGAGCAAGACAAGGAACAGCGUUUUACUCUCAGCUCCCCUCCAACAGCCCCAUUGCUUCAGGCCAAGCGGAGCAGCAUCGGCGGUAGGAUUUUAACGGAGAACGCGCAUCAGUAGGAUCUGCUAUUUCUCGGAGAUUGGCCACUAAAGACGCGAGGGGGAAACGGAUACAGUACCGCAAAGAAAGAGUUGUCAUUUUAAAGGAGAAAGAGGAAAGUCAUCCAGAAGAUUUCGAGGCUCUUUACAACUACAGAACGUCUUCAGUUCGCACCUACGCGUGUGCGUGUCCUCUGUGCUGGGGAUAAAAUUGCAUAAUUUUUUUUUUUUUUUUUAUUAUUAUAUUUUUAUUUUUUUACCGAUUUUAAGCAAGGUGACACACGGAGCCCAAAACAAGCGGAUACGGUUCUGGAAGCACGAUGCUGAUCGGUACAUCAGCCCAGGGCAGCCCUCUUCUUGCCUCUCUCCCUGUGCCAGGACGGCCUCUGCAGCCUCAGCUCGACCUCAAACACCUCCUGCCCUUCAGGCUCAAUGGAUCCUCCCCUCUUAGCCUCUUCCCUAACUUCAACACAAUGGACCCUGUCCAGAAGGCAGUGAUCAACCACACCUUUGGUGUCCCUCAGCCUCUCAAGAAGAAACAGAUCAUCUCCUGCAACAUUUGCCACCUGCGCUUUAACUCAACAAACCAAGCAGAGGCUCACUAUAAGGGCCACAAGCACGCCCGGAAACUUAAAGCCAUGGAAGCCCAGAAGAACAGGCAGCGACGAGCUGGGGAGGCAUCAUCUGCAGGGAGGGAGAGAGACCGAGACAGAAACAAGACAUCCACUUCUCAGGCAGCUCUACCUGCAUUCGUGGAAGCAAGCUUAGCUGAGGGAACAAGUCUUCAGUCUGAUCAGGAACCAACCAUCCUGGAAGGGAAGCUCGAGGAAAGUCCCAGAAGCUCAGUCAUGCUGACACCAGUGUCUGAGGUCUCCUCUGUGGAGCUAGUCACCCUUUCCCCUCCUCAGAUAUCUCCCUCCUCUCAACUCUCUGAGACCACAUCGGACACCAGUGCCCCAGAAGUCCCUGAGGUUAUGGAGGCUGCAGAGGCCAUGGGUCCAACCAACGAGUCAGGCAGCAGCGCAGACGCAUCCAGCACAAACGGGGAGCCACGCUCAGAUGACGACAAAGAACCCAAGAAGAACAAAGCUCACCUCCAUUGUCCCGUUUGUAAAGUCACAGUCAACUCCGUCUCCCAACUGGAAGCACAUAACAGCGGUACAAAGCACAAACUGAUGCUGGAAGGUCACAGUGUUCUGCCACGGCGCAGGGGGAAAGUGGUUGCAGCUCGAUCUGGCUGCAAGAGCAAGCGACUCGGUAGCAAAGGCAGCGUAGGGGUAGCCAGCAAGAACUUCCAAUGUGAAGUGUGUGAAAUCUUUGUCAACUCCGAGACCCAGCUGAGCCAGCACAUGAAUAGCAGAAGGCACAAGGAUAGGCUGGCCGGAAAACCACCCAAACCCAAAUUUACUCCCCACAGCAAGAGCCAGCCAAGCUCCAGCUUAGCGAACGUGAGAUGGAGUGGCUAUGCAGGCGGGGCUGUGUCUGCCGUGAAGAAAGUGUUCACCCAGUACAACCUCACUUCUCUCUCCUCGCAGACCAAACUGGCCUUGCAGAAGCAGCUGACCAAGAGUUUGACAACUGGCUUCCUGCCCAGCCCCCUCACCCCGCCAACUCUGUGCACAGUGGCAACUAACCCAUUGGCUCUGCGCCACCCGGUGGGCACCACCACCUUCAUCCAGACCCCAUUCCUGGGCCCCGCACUGUUCCGGCCAGCCCCGGGGCCGCUGCGGGCCACACACACACCCAUCAUCUUCUCCCCAUACUAAGGACUUAACCACCCUCCCAGCUGAGCUCCUCCCCUGUCCCUUUACCAAAUCCAAGGCCCUCCUUUAUAGUGUGACCCACACAACAAAGGCCACACGCAAACUAUGCAGCCCGUCUGACUUAAAAUGGGAAGAGUGCACAAAUCCUGCUGCUCUCCAGGCCUGAUGGCUUGGGAGCUGUUCUUAUCAUAAAGGCCAAGAUCCCCCAUCAUGCCUUCUUUCUGCUUCUCUUAUAAUGACCUAAGGAGCAAAACAGGCCUCCAGACAGUGACUGGUGCAACGAGGCCGCUUUUAUAGCCAUUUCAUGGGUCAACAUGGUUUAAAUUAUGAAUAUUAAAGUGUAAUUUAUUAGAGAACAAACAUAGACAAGUCUAGAUGUAUGUUUAGUGUGGUUGCCACAAAAUAAGGUCCCUUUACUUGAUGCUCUUAUAAAAUGUUUUUAAUUCAUUUGUUCGGAGGUAUGAUGAACAGUCAUUGUAGAUCAGAUGAAUCCAAGCCAUACCUGUAUGGCUGCAGAAGCCAGUCUCACUGAUCAGUGUUUUUUUAGCUAAUAAGUUUGAAGACAUACGUCACAUGACAUUGUGGAUAUGGUAAUUGUAAAGAAAGAAAAAGAAAACUCUUUGGACAAUUAUCCCUUUGUAACUUUAAGCCUCUAAAGAACAAAAGUGACUUCUCAUUGUCGGGGGUUUGUUGCUCUAUAGCUACAUAGUUAUAUGUCUAUAUGCUAAAACUCCAUUAACGCCAUUAUGCACACUCAGUCUUUGAGUCACAGCCACAGUCAUAGCCCUCCAGAUUUUUUUUCCUUUGUCCUUUCCCCAAGAUUAAGCACUCCUUAAGGUUCAGAAAAGGUCAGCUUGUCAACUUUACUUUGUUUCAAUUUACAGAUCUGUCUUCAAAAUGAUUUCUUGCUCCACUGCAUCAUUCAUGCAAACUUGAACAUCAUGUUCUUGCCAAGCAAGUGCCAUGAAAUAAUUUUUGCAGCUAUGGUCUAACACUGCAAAAUGACAUUGUUUUCUUCCCAUCUUUCCUUCUUUCACAUCACUGUCGCCCUUGAUUUUCUCUGGCGUUAUCUCAGCAUGAGAUGAUGGGGAGCAGGAAAAAGCGCCACAUACAGCACACACAAUCACACAUAAUGAAGCCACAAUGGAAAACUUGAAGACUUGAUGGGAUUUCAGAGCUUGAUAAAAAAAAAAAAAAGUUUGGAUGGCGGUGGGUGGGAAGGCUGCACAGCCAGAAUUUGAUUGACAUCCUGUUGUAGAGUCUGCGCAUAGCGUGGGAGGGAACAAAGCACAGUGCCAUGGCAACCACAUUAAAAAGCACCUUAAAACUGAUUUACCUGCAAAAGCAAUGAAAAUUGUGUUGAUGUUCAUCUUUUUAGUUACUGUAGGUGUAUGUUUUACAAUUACAUGUCAGUUUUAUUGAAAAUUUUGCUUUGGAAAAAAAAAAAAAACUAUCAGGUGAGAAUUAUCUUAUUAUAGUUUAUCUAUGACUAUGACAAGUCUCACAUUUAAAGCAAUACAUUUAGUAUGUUUAUGAUGUGUUUUCAGUGUAUCAAUGGCUUUAUCUAUUCUCUCCUGUGAACUCCUGUAACAAUGUAUUAUGUACCCCAAAACAACCAAGGGCCAAUUCUGAUUUGUCAGUGAAAAGUCGGCUGAAAUAUUAGGUUUUCUGGGUGCUGUCCUUGAUGCUUGAUGCUCACGGCCAGUCUCCACAUAUUGUGACUGUGGGCUGAGAUGUUCCAUUUAUAGCAGAGAGGGUGCUUCAGCCCCAUGUGACUUUACCACUUUACUUUUUAGUGGAGCACAAAAACCCUCGUAUGGCUUCCACUGAGCACUGUUACAUCGGAGACAAGCUAUUUGGAAGUGUCACAAGUCCAUGAUCGACUGUCAUUUUACCAUUUGUGCUCAUUUGUCAACUAACCCCUCCCACCCCAGCGAUCUGCUGACAUCCACCCUUCCGUAACACCAAAACAAACAUUUGGCUAUAAGCCUCAGAAGGACUUGGAGCAUACGCAUCAUCCUCCCUUCAACAGUCAUACCAAAUCAUGUUCUCUUAAAUUACCGUGAUGGAGCAAAUCCUAUGCAUUUGUACAAUGUGUGUAGUUGUGUGUGACGCAGCAGUGCCAUCUGUCGUGAAAAAACCUGUAACUGCCAUUCAGUACUAGUGCUUCAACAAGACCUUCCAUCUUAUGUGCAUUUCUGUUUUAAGGACUCCCCAAACCUUUCUGGGUAGGUAAAUCCACCAGGUCUCCCCACCAUACUAAUGUGAUUCUCCCCAGUCGCACUACUCAGUGAACCAACCAGCCUUUAAUCUUCACUGUUUGUUUGUUUGUUUGUUUUAAUUGCUUAGUGGGAAGUCGGACUUAGACUUUUUUCUUAAAAUAAAAAAUCUAGAGAAGCCAGAUUAUAUGUAGAAAUCCUAGAGUAUCUAUAGAGAUUUUACCAGAGUCGCUAUUGUUAUCUGUAUCAUAAUGAACUGCUAUCUUAGAAGAGACUAGACAAUGUUAUUGUUGGCUCUGUACGCAUACAGGGAAAGGAAUAAUGCUUUUCUUUCUAUUUUCUUCUUUUUCUUUUUCUUUUUCUGUUUAUUUACAUGGUUUUAUCAAUAUGUUUUUUAAAGUACAAGAGAAAAUAUUUAAAACAAAUUUUUGAGUGAGUUUUUUUUUCUCCUUGAUGACAACGACUGAAUUAAUUAUGUAAUUUAAGGCCUUUUUAGACAGUAUCUUAAAGUCACAUUCACCAGGCCUUCUCAGGGGUGACAGGAUGAGCUAAAGCUAACAUGACCAUCCAUUCAGGGUAUCCCUCCAAAGCUCCAGAGAGCAGGAAACACUGUACACAUGGGUGGGUUAAUGGAAAAAAAUAAUAAUAAAAAAACAGUGCUGUAUAUUAGAGAGAUAAAGGGAUGGAUUUUGGAAAA